AAGAAGUUAUGCUCUCCAGCGAGUUUUUUUCUGUGUAAAGUUUGGAUUUAACAUGUUACAAACGUGGUGCAGAGUAGCAGCUUAACACGAGAACGUUUAAAGUCGUCAGUACUUUCCUUGCGUUGCCAAAGAAGUUCACCGACUUGUGCAAUUUAACCUACGAUAAAAAACGUUUUAAGUGUCUUUUAAUGGUAUUGAAGUCGCUGUUUAUACAGCAGGGAAGUUGGUGAAUGUGUAAUUUAGUUAAAUUGUGUCAUCUGGUGAUAAAAAUAUGUCCUACUUCUAUGUUGUGCGAUUAGCCUGUUAGCUUAGCAUUAGUUUUAGAAACUUUAUUUUAGGCUACUUUGAGGGACCGUCGUCAAGUUUACAAGGAGCAGACGCAAAAGACACGCUGUGUGAGUCCAUUCCUUUACUGCGCCACUUUAAGCGAAGCGGGGAGCCUUGAAACCUCCAUGUUUGUAUCUUGAAAAUUGCGAGCGCAGUCGAGCACCAUAUUGAAAUCAAAGUUGCCAACUCCUCUAUCAAUGUUCGGUAACUUUACGGACUUUAGAGUUGAGCGAACGACGACAGUCGGAGAGGAAUGGGGGCCUUGUAGGCGUUUUGUUGCGACGUUUCCCGCUGUGCAUCGGCUGCGUUUCCUCCUGAGUUAAAGUUGGUUUGAUGCGGCGCCGAGUCAGCGACAAGGGUCUAAGUUUAAAGUGUGAGGUCAGCACUCUGGAUCAGACCUGGAUGUGAUGGACAAUCCGUCCUCAGUGAUCACCCAAGUCAGUCGGGAUGAGGAGGGGAAUAAAGCCGCAGCAGCAGAGAGGGGUUCUUCUCCGUCUCUCUCCUCUAAGAAGCCCAGGAGUGGAGGCCUCUUCUCCAGCCUGUUCUGUUGUCUGUGUCGGGACCAGCCAGAACCACCGCCCGUCAACAACAAUGCCCCUCUGCUGGUUGAGGAGAAUGGAACUGUUUCCAAGAUCCAGGUGAAGCCGCUGCUACCUCCAGUGAAGUCAAAAGACUCUGGAAAGAUCUGCGUUGUCAUAGAUUUGGACGAGACGUUAGUCCACAGCUCUUUUAAGCCUGUCAACAAUGCAGAUUUCAUCAUUCCAGUGGAAAUUGACGGAACAGUACAUCAGGUGUAUGUCCUGAAGCGACCCCACGUGGACGAGUUCUUGAAGAGGAUGGGGGAACUGUUUGAGUGCGUCCUCUUCACUGCCAGUUUGGCCAAGUACGCUGACCCUGUGUCUGACCUCCUGGACAAAUGGGGCGCCUUCCGCUGUCGCCUCUUCAGAGAGUCCUGUGUCUUUCAUCGAGGAAACUAUGUGAAGGACCUGAGUCGCCUGGGUCGUGACCUGAACAAGGUCAUCAUCGUGGACAACUCGCCGGCCUCCUACAUCUUUCACCCUGACAAUGCCGUGCCUGUCGCCUCGUGGUUCGACGACAUGUCUGACACUGAGCUCCUAGACCUCAUCCCGUUCUUUGAGAGGCUGAGCAAAGUGGACGACGUCUACGCGGUCCUCAAGCACCAAGGGGCCACAAGCUAACAGCGCUGAAUCUCCCAUCAGCCUCAGCGCUGAACCCAGUGUCACUGCCAACCAGAACCAAUGAUGUUCCACAGCUGCAGAGCCUCAACUUCUUUUCAGUGACUCUUCCCUGUGUUUCAGGAAGAACGCCACCCAGCUCACCCUGGAAGCCUUAGGCUGCCUCCUUCUGGCCAAACUGAAGACUGCCUGGCUAUGAACCGUAUCUAUUGCAUGAUUGAGGGUUGAAUGAAUGUUUGAGAAACAUUUUUCAAAGCUGAACUUAGCAAGUUCAACUUUAAAAUAUGAAUUGAAACAUGGUUAAACAAAAUUAAGUGGAAAAAAUCCAGACGUUUGCAUAGGAAACCCGUUGGGAAAUCCAUUCAAAACUUUUUUUUUAAAAGACCUGACAUACGCAAAAAGACACUGCCUGCUGGGGACGGCAAAGAAGCUUGGAUUUGAAUGAUUGGAGGUAAAAAAAAAAAAACAGACAAAGCAGCAAAUUCCUCUGUGUGUUAGUCUCAGACAAAAGGACCAGGAUGGGCUGUAAAUGCCAGUGUUGGUAUCUUUGCUUUUCUUUGUUUUUUUUAAAGGUGCCUAAAACCAGAGGCUCUGUUUCUACUUGUUCUAAAAGCCACAAGGAAAAAAACUUGAAUUUUCUCCCAACAUUUACAGACUGUUGAAGGGAGAAAGGAAAGUGCAACUUCUUUUCUCUGUGUUAAUGAAGCGGUACACAAACGCUGGACACAAGUGCAGAACCUGGAGAGUCACGGACACGUAAGCUGUUUUCUGUUCUAUAAUUGUUGUUCACUUCAAAUUCAAAGGUCAAAUUCACCCUAAAAGCUUCUGAGGAAACAUUAGCGGCUGUUCUCGUUUUACAUAGACUGUUUAUAUGAAAUGAAUGUUGCUGUUGGAACAGUAGCCUGUGGGAGUGUUGAAUGGUUUACCAGUUUAUUUUUCUGAUCACAGGUGUCGUCACCACUAGCACAGGUGUCAAAGUAGAAAAGUCACUUUAGAGAAAAACAGAUGAUGCGACUGGGAUUGACAGCGGAACUAUUUUGUAUCAUCCUGGUUAAAGACCACUCCACUGGAGGUUUGUCCUAAAGAACAAAUUCACUGCUGUCUCCACAUUCCAUGGCUGAGUUAACUCCUGACUUAAAAUGAUUAUUAGAGAUCAUAUAUAGAGCUAAACAUUUAAGUCAGUGUUAAUUCAAAAGAGGAAACACAAACCAUCUGCAGGCCUGUAGUGUGACUUGGUUUUAGCUUCUUUAGUUUUUGUGCGGCUGCCUGUACUGAAAACACAUUUGUUUUAAGUGUGUGUCAAAGUGCCUUUUUGUUGGACCUGUGGUUAGCCAAGUCAAAAAGCUAAUUUUUUCAACUACGGUAUCAGAGUAAACUAUUACAGUAUUUUAUAAUAUCGUAUAAAGUAUCGGUAUUUUUCAUAAACAUGGAUUUUAAAAAAUAUAUUUUUUAUAUAUUUUUACAGACCUAAUUAGUAUCUGAUGACGAGCGCAGCAAAUGCUUUUUUUUAAAUCAUUUUGUUUUUAUUGUCAAGAAAAAGGGGCAUCACAUCUAGAGUAGAACUGUUGUGGAGGGUUUUUGUUAUUUUAGUACAAACCAGUUAUUUGAUGGAUUCGGUUGUCAGAACAUUGACCAUUUGUGACUGUUUGUUAGAAGUGUAUUGUAGAGAGUUAAAGUUAGGUAGUAUUGACCCCUGACCUGGAGCAGGACGUAGCCCCUCUGUCACACAUGUAUACAGUAAACUGAUUUUUGUUAUCAGUAUAUUAAUGAACGUUCCCUACAACCAAGCUUCAGUUGGACCAUCCUACUGUCAUGAACCACUUAGGCAGCGUUCAUUUUGACCAAUCGCCAAUUUUUAUUAAAUCUUUUGACUAAAUUGUAACUCUAAAUCCUGAUUACGGCAUAAAAUUGUUUUAAUUUUAGUUGAAGAAAUAUGAAAAAACAUUUGACUAAAUCUCAUUCAAACAGUGAAAUAUUGUUUAUAUAUUUUACUCAGUUCUGAAAAAAUCAAAUCUUAAUUGGGCUUUUAAGGAAUGUUAACUAUGUUUUAUUGAACAUUAUCAUUAUUCACGUUUAUUUAUUGAACAUUAAUAUUUUACAGGGAAUUGUACAGUAGUAUUUGAGUCAUUAAUGUAUACAAGACGUGCGUAGUGGUAUUACAGUGUUGACAGGCCUCAACAGUUUUACUUCAUAGCUAACUUUAAUACCAGGUCAGUUCAUAUAUUGCUGCUUUGGUCAGUUUAGCUUUUCCUGGACCUCAGGAUAAUGUCUGCAGAUUACACUUCAAAUUUGUCAAAUUUUGUCAUUUGUCCUGCUGGACACAGUUGACCAGAUAAUACCUGGCUUUAUCCUGUCUUCUGUUUGUUCUACUACCAGACAAACAUUCCCUAAGAUUGGUUUUUGACCUCAUUUUUUCUCCUCUAAAUUGGCGCUGAAUGGACUUCGUCCCUACAGUUUUGUAUUUUUUUUGUCUUAAUUAUGUUAGUUGGAUUUUACAAUCGACAAUUUCAUCAGCAUUAGCUCCGCAUAAUAAUCUGUUUAGUUUUUGUCUUACAAAAUAAGAUCUUUGACGUUUUGAAAGUUGACUAAAUUAAUACUGCAUUCAUGUCCUGCCUCUUGUCUGAUAUCAUCUAUUUUUCACUAAAUGGGAUCAAAAUUUGCAGAACUUACACACUUGAAACUAGUGAUAGAAACAAUAUAGUUCUCAGGAAGGUGUUUACUGUUACCAGUUGUUUCUUAGCCAGAGAGUUGGGGGUCUGAUUCCUACAGUUCUUGCUGUUGAUUAUUCCUUAAAUUAAUGAAAAUGAUUGUAUCACUAAUGCAACCCUUAAAGGACCAGAGAAAUCACAUUUACCUAAUUUAAUAUACACUGAGUCAACUCCCAAUUAAUCACAUCUGCAUCUAACUUCUCUUUUGGCAACAUUCGUUCUUUAUACACAGUCUGUUACCUGACAUGAUUACCAGAUAUUGUUUUAAAUGUUAUUUUUUUCAGCAGAGGGUGCUGUAUCUGUAACUUUAUCUUGAAUUCACUCCUGGCUCACCACUAAAUGACAGAUGUUGAAUUGGUGUGAACUUGGAGGAAACUGCUAAAGUUAUUAGCCAAGAGCCGCUGUAAAGUCGAAGGCACUUAGAGCACCCUCUGCUGGAUCACACAACUACUACUGCGUAGCAAAUUCAGGCGGGUUAUGAUGCCCAGAUAAGAAAAAAAGAAGAAGAAAAGAAUAGAAAGUGACCGUCCUAGCUUGUAAUGCAGCAAUGGUAGUUGUCAGUGACUGUGAAAAAAUUUUUAGGGUGGAUUUUACCUUUAUUGCUCUGUGAAGUCUGGGACAUUCCCACACUCCACACUACGGUAUGCUCCGACAAUACUGCUCCAAUGAUUGAAAACUGGAUUUUUAAAGAGGAAAAUGAAAGAUGAAAAUGCAUCCCACCAAAUGAAACUCUACUAAAUUUUGUCUUUUUUUUAUUGUUUAACAAAUUCCUGGCAAUCAAAUAUGCCUUUUUUUAAAGAAAAAUAUAGAAUUACUGAUUUUAAUUAUUUUUCUCUCAUACAGUAUUUACACUUUUGCAGAUCGUCAAACACCAGCAGCCAACUAAACCAGUAGCUUGUCACUAUCCAGAUGUGCCUUUCAUAUUAGCAUUAUAACUCUAUUGUUUAGUUGUAAGUCAUGCAGUGGAAAAAAUAGUAUUUAUAGGAACAUUGGAGUCCUGUGUUCAGAACAACAAAGGUUUUUGUUGGGGCCCAUUUGUUGAGACUGUACUUCUUACACAUUCAAUAGAUUUGUAUAUUUUGUUUUGCACAGUAAUAAAGCAAACAAAUCUUCAUUAAUAUAUGGAAAGUUCGUGUUACUGAUCUCAAGAGUCAGUAGAUGUAACCUAAUUUUUCGACCUGUUGUUUUAUUAUACCAAAUCAUAUAUACAUUCUUUAUGUAAUAAUGUAAUUUUCCCCAUAAACCUUCAAAGAAAGUA